AUGCCCGUCGGUAAUUCAGCGCCGGGUUUCAAUGGCCAUCGCAAUGCAACCCGUGGACCCUGGCGCAUCGAGACCGCCCCGAUAGCAGUCUCGUCCGCUCCCGGUCAGGAUGCUGUGGACAACGGUCAACCAUCGUACUCAUCGCCGCCUUCUCCACAGCCCUCGCCCCCACUCACACCACCGGACUCUACCGAGCGAGCUACCGGUACAAACCUGGACAAGCUGCUCUCGCAACAGCAAGGGCCACAUCCGACGCAGCUGCUAAAGGACCUGCUUCCAAUCAUGCCUCCAAGUAGCACCCUGCCUCUCUCACCUACCACGCCGUCCGCAUCCUCUUCACCCGGACUGCAUCGCACCGCGACGCUCAAGUCUCGCAACGACAUCUUCGGCUCUGCUCCGAGUACGCCCCGCAGGCCGCCCCCAUCUUCCGUUGCCAUGUCUCGCUUCUCUACGUGCAACGACGCGGCAUCGCCCUCGGUCUCGCCUGCCAACAGCACAAAGAACAGUCUCUUCUUCGACACGCCGACUUCCUCACCCAGCUUCGCUGUUCGUAGAGACUGGUCAUCAGGUCAAGACGCAGUGCGAGGAGGACGCGCAGGACACGCCAUCCAAGACAGCCAUGCGAUGGAUGCAGAGGCCUUCCCGUCGGAAGCCGCUGAUGACCUGAGGCGGCGGCAGUCUUUGGGUAGGUCUAACACAGAAGAGCGGGAACGUGAGAGACUACGGAUUCGACAGUCCAAGGAAGUCGACUUUCGUCUCGCGCCCUCGAGAGAGUUCCUGCUUGGAGAGGGCAGACACUGUGAUGUGUUUCUGGGCGCAUACAGACGCCGGUACGGCUCCUUGAGAAAUGCUGCGCCUCCGUCUGACUGGCAGCUCUGUGCAGUCAAGCGUCUGCAUCCGGAUCGGCAAUCUCAAUUGCUUGGCCUGGACGAGGCCUUUGCUUUGAGGAGACUGGGGCCUAAUGCAGGAAUUGUGAAAUUGAUUGACAUCCGAGACGAAGUCUUGGCCGUCACUUCACCGAUGCCGACACCUGCAUUGGACAAAACGUCGCUCGACAGCUCGGUGUCCAGUAACAGCACCAUCGAUUCCAACUCAACUUUGCAGUCGCCGUCACUGAUGCAGGGUCGAACAUCAUCUGAUGCCUGGCAGGACUCUGAGCCCGCCCAUUUACGGAAUGGGCAUGGCACAGACAAAGCUCAAGCUCCUCGAGCGAGUAAUGAGGGCAGCGAAGACGAUUUGCCUCCAUCAGCCGCGGCUCUCCAGGCUGCUGGAUACCCGCGCGUUGACCUCCAUCGUUCUGCUACAGAGCAUUCCCUUGGCAGCCUGGCCGCUCCAGCGGGCUCCUCCUCCACGGAUCCACCACGACUCUUGAUCCUACUGGAGCUGCUGCCUCUCAGCCUUGCUACCUAUUCGCAAAGGCAUUCCAGCAGAAUUGACGUCUUCUUCUGGCUGCACUGGGCCUGCGAGCUUGCCGCAACGCUGGAAUGGAUGCAUGGCAAAGGUUGCGUGCAUUGCGACAUCAAGCCGGAGAAUAUCCUGCUCGAUCACAAUCUCCGGACCAAGCUCUGCGACUUCAAUUCGGCAUUCUUCCCCAAUGCCUCUACGAGUCCUCUGACAGAUGGCCUUGGCUUGGGAACGCCUGCGUACGGAGCUCCAGAGCUGACUAAGCGAGGCAAGAGUGGCGAUGUAGUCAGCUUCCCAGUGGAUAUUUUCAGUCUCGGUGCGCUGCUGUACUCGUUGGCGACGGGAGUCGAACCCAUGGCCCGAGCUAAGAGCAUGAUUGAGAUGCUGCACCGCAAGGAGCGCUUCUUCCUUACGGAAGAAAAUGACCGUAUCGCACGUAUCUCGGUCGCCGAAGGAUGGGGCGACUCGAGCUCAAACGCGGGCAGUACAAAUGCUAGCAGGCAUACCAGUCUGAGGAGGAAGAGCAAGGACGGAUCGGCCACGAAGCGGUCGUCCAGGAGGAGGGACUCAAGUGCGGACAGCAUCGAGUCCACUGCCUCUAGCAUCACCACCAAGAGCGGAAAGACUCCAUCUCUAGCUGCUAUUCAGCUACUCCUCGAACCAAGCUCGCUGGCUGGUGUGUUGGUGCCCCCUGAUCCGCAAAGACGUUCAGCUGGCGCAGGUGAUGCAAGAGAGGCCGGUCAUCACCGCGCUCUAUCUCUUCACAAGAACUACGCACCUCACGGGAAGUCUCCAUCGGAAGUCGCUGCGGAGAACCCAGGAUCGGCGGCGAUCACACGAAAUGGUGCUCAGAAGACUGGUGUUGUACCCAAACCUUCUGUCUUGCGUCGGACGAUUUCGUACGGAGGUGCCAAGGAGCCCGAAGCCGAAGAAGGCGAAGGUACGAAUACCGAGGAUUCGACUGACCUCGAUCUCUCAUUGGCUCUGACUGCUUCCUUUGCAGAAGUCAGUCGAGAAAAGUAUCGCCUCGAAGAAGAGUAUCUGCACGGUGCAGGAAGCAAUCCGCAGAAUGGUAGCAGCCCCAUCCGACCUCGUGUCUCCGCCCACGCUCGUGGUGCUAGUCUAGAAGCUACGGGCACGCCGCUGAAGUGGCCCGCGUCGGGCUUUCACCACAAGACUUCGUCCCUCCCAUCGCACAGUCGGCCCAUUGGAAGCACUGGGCGAGAGGACGAAGACGAAGACGAACGAGAGGAGGAAGAGGACCGAUCGCCUUAUCGCGAUGGCUCACCGGCUUUGCUCCUUCCUGGCGGGGGCAAGCUGCCCCAGUCUGCUCUUGAUCUCCUCGAGCACAUGCUGCUUGCCAAUCCGCUGCGUCGUCCCAAGGCCAGCGAGGUAAGGAGGAGACUGGAAGCAAUCCGCGAGGAGACUUUGAGAGCUUUGAAAUGA